AUGAUAUCAUCAACAUCAUUAUUGUUGAUGGUGAUGUUGUUGGUAUCAACAUCAUUGUCAUCAUCAUCGUCAAUGACGAUGUAUUAUAUUGAUGAUGAUGUAGAUAUUGGAUUCCCAGAGAAGGAUAUAUUCUUUAAUACUGGUAGUAGUAUGAAUUGUUCAGUGCCAAAUACAUGCUUCAUGAACAAUGCAUCAUUAUGGCAUGGUGGAUUCUCUCCAACUGAAAUACAAGUGGCCAUCAUCGACUUUUCAAGCAACAUCUCAUUACCAACACAAUAUAUAUACUUUGAAGCACCUUCAACAAUCGAUAUCAAUGGCACUGUUGUCAUUUUUAAUGUAUCUACACUGGCUGGACUCGUGGUCAAGGGUGAUGUAUUGAUCACUGUGCUGCCUGGCGCCAACUUCACAUCACUUGGCAACGUCAACUUGGUCGAUGCAUCAUUGGUGCUAAACUCGUCCAUCAGUACGAUUGAGGGCUCGCUGGUCCUGACCGCAACGUCCAAACUGGACAUCUUUGGCGGCUCAUCACUCACGCUCCAAUCACUCUCGUCCGAGUCGUCCAUUACAGUUGGCGUCCCGUCGCCCGGGAGCACCGGCGUGCAGGUGCCCGCAAACACACUCGAGAUGAUCGAUGCGCAGGACAUCUCAUUCUCGGCAAACAAUAUAAUACUUUACAAUCGAUCAUUUUUGAUGCUGUCGGGCAUUGUCAACAUCUCGACCAUCUCGGCCAUGGAGGGCUCGCAAGUCGUGCUCACCGACCAGGUGGACAUGACCAUCGGCCAAUCUUCCAGUGUCGACUUCAUCAACGCCACAUUCACAAGCGACAGCUCGAUUCAGCUGGACGCCGAGGUGGUCAUCAACACCUUCUACAUCGACCAGCCUCCAGCCGCGUCGACGAACCUCAAGGUCAGCGGCGUCGACACCAAGAUUCACACGGCAUUGCUCAACAACACCGUGCUCCACAUCACCAAGUCCGCCACACUCAACAUUUCCAACGCUAUCAAUGUUGGCGCGUUGGGUGGCAUCAACAUCGAGGGCAGCCUGUUCGCUGGCGUCAACUCCUCGAUCACAGUCGGCGACGUUGGCAUCGUGGUCAAGUCACACGACUCCAAGUUCUACUCGGGUGCCUUCGUCACUGGCGACGUGUAUUUGGAGAAUGGCACGAUGGUGGUCGAUCAGACAUCGGUCUAUGGCUCCAUCAUUCAUGGAGUUGCCACACUGGUCAUAGCCAACACAUCCAAUCUGCUGAGCGUCAAGCAUAAUUACACUCAGACAUCAAUCGACUCGAUUGUUUACCUCAAGAACAUCGGAAUGACACAGUCCAACGCAUACAUCUAUGCCAACAAUGCCGAGAUGCUCGGACAGUUGAUGUUCUCCGUGGCCGACAAGAUCUCGCCGUCGCUCACAUGCAACGUCAUUGAGGCGUUCAACAUGAUGACUGGACGCUUCAAUCAAGUGCAGAUACUCAACACGGGCAUUAGCAACCAUGACUACGCCGUGCGCUACACCAACUACCUGAUCACCAUUAUCUUCAACAAGGAGAAUGUCAGUCCACAGCUGGCACUCUGGAAGAUCUUUGUCAUCCUCUUCUGUUCAAUUGGAGGCGUCUUUGUCAUUGCCUUCCUCUUUAUCAUCAUCACCCGGCGAAUCAAACGCAAUGAGUAUGGUACAGUCGAGGAAGGAUCAGUCGACGAGUAG